AUGGGUUUUGGUCUUAGAUGGAGGACAUGGGUGAAAGAAUGUGUGACUACAGUGUCUAUGUCGGUUUUGAUUAAUGGGUCACCAGCGAAGCCCUUUAGGAUGGAAAGAGGACUUAGACAAGGAGAUCCUCUUUCUCCUUUCCUAUUCAUUCUUGUCGUUGACGUCUUGCACAGGAUGGUCGGUGAUGCAGUCAGGAAUGGACGCAUUUCUCUGCUGCUGGUUGGAAGGGAAAACAUAGAGUUAUCGCAUCUCCAGUUUGCAGAUGACACAAUCUUAUUUUGCCCUCAGGAAACGGAGACAAUAGUGAAUUAUAAGAGGCUUUUGCGUUGUUUUGAGUUGAUGUAUGGCCUCAGUAUUAACUUUGAUAAGUCAAAUUUGAUUGCGAUUAAUUGUGAGCAAGAAUGGGUAACAAAUAUGUGUGGUUUAUUGGGAUGUGGGGAAGUUGCUUUACCUGUCAGCUUGCCAGUCUACUACCUAAGUCUGUAUAAGAUACCAAAGGCGGUUGCAGAAAAGCUGAUUGAGUUACAGAGAAGGUUUUUGUGGAGUAAAGAAGAUGGGACCAAUGGUAUACCACUUGUAAAAUGGGAGGUGGUUCAAGCUCUAAAAAAGCUAGGUGGUUUGGGGGUGGGAGAUGCUUUGAUCAGAAAUGCAUCGCUUCUGUUUAAGUGGUGGUGGUGA